AUGGAUAAUCAGCAGCAGAUCCAGCAGCCGCUGUCCCAGUCAAGGAGUCAACUCGCAGCACGUCGAGAGACACUUCUGGCUGCAUUGGGCCGGGCGGAGGCAUUUGUGACGGGCUACGACGCCGAACGAGACCAAGCGCAACUUCCUUUGAGGCUGGACUACCUGAACGGCGUUUGGAACAACCUGGAGGCGGUACAGUCGCAGCUGGAAGACGGUGAGACGACCGAUGAAGGUAGGACAGAAAAUGAGAAUAUUCGGGCUGAGUUCGAGCCUCGACUUUUUGAAAUUAAAGCCAGUCUGAUUCGUAAGUUACCUUCGCCUUCUGUUAUUGCCGCUCAAGUCCCUCAACACCCUCAAGUUUCCUCCACUCUCUCUGGGAUUAAGUUACCGACUAUAUCUCUGCCGGAGUUUGACGGAGACUACAUGCAAUGGCUUGCAUUCCACGACACAUUCCUGGCGCUCAUCCAUUCCAACCCAGACGUCCCGGACAUUCAAAAAUUUCACUAUUUAAGAGCAGCUGUCAAGGGUGAAGCUGCGCAGUUAAUAGAAUCGAUCGGUAUAAGCUCCGCUAAUUACGCUUUGGCCUGGGACACCCUGAGGAAUCGGUAUUCGAACGAUUAUCUUCUAAAGAAGCGACAUCUACAGGCACUCUUCGACGUCCCCAGCAUGAAAAAGGAGUCCGCUGCAUCGCUUCACGGGUUGGUGGACGAGUUCGAGCGGCACACAAAGAUCCUUAACCAGUUAGGCGAGCCGACGGAGUCGUGGAGCACCAUUCUGGAGCAUCUCUUGUGUACGCGACUGCACAAUGACACGGUGAAGGCUUGGGAGGAUCAUGCGUCAACUGUGGCGAACCCAGACUACGCCUGUCUGAUUGACUUUCUCCAACGACGAACGCGAGUAUUGGAGUCAAUCUCCGUGAACCAUCAUGGACCGAAUUCCGCGCCAUUUAAUAGUAAUUCCGUCCAACCAACGAGGAAGAAUCAUCACCAAUCCCAGUUUCGAGUCUCUUCGUGCGCAACUACCACAAAUUCAGGUGAAAAGUGCAUCGCUUGCGGUCAAUCACACGCGGUGAUUAGAUGCCAGAAGUUUAUCAACCUGUCGCCUAGUGAACGUCAACAACUGGUGAGUUCGAAACGCCUGUGCCACAACUGCAUCAGAGGGAAUCACUUUGCACGUAACUGUCCGUCCAGUUUCACCUGUCGGAGAUGUAAUCGACGUCAUCACACGCUUCUCCACCCUGAUCAGUCCGAGGUUCCGCGGAAAUCCAGCAAUCAAGUUUCCUCGUCUAAUCAAGUAUCAUCCGCUCCACCAGCUUCGAACGUCUCGUCUGUAGUGGAUACUCCAACGCAAUCCAUGGUAACUGCUGCUGAUGCUAUAACAACUGUAGAAGUCAGCACAGCACUGCAACGUCCACGUGAAAAUGUCUUCCUGCUCACCGUUAUCGUGAAGGUCAUCGACGACUACGGCGUAGAACACCUAGCACGCGCGCUUUUGGACAGCGCAUCACAACCAAAUCUCAUCACAGACCGAAUGGCAAAGAUUCUUAAACUGCGCCGUCAGAAGAUCAACGUAACCGUCCAAGGAGCCGGGAAACUCUCUAAUUCGGUUCGAGAAUCCGUGUUUGCCCAAGUUCAAUCAAGGAAGAGUGACUUUUCGUGCGGCGUUGACUUCCUGGUGAUGGAUAAAUUGACGGCAAAUCUUCCUUCGCAGAGUGUUUCUACCGUAGGAUGGAAAAUUCCAACGGAUUUGUUCCUCGCAGAUCCGUCAUUCAACGAGAGUCAACCGAUCGACAUGCUCCUUGGGGCCAAACAUUUCUAUUCCUUCUUUCCCAGUGCUGCGCGCAUUCAGCUCGAUGAAAAUUUGCCCCUGUUGGUCGACAGUGUUUUUGGAUGGAUCGUUGUUGGGUCAUCGGGUGCAGCUUCCCCCGCUGUAUGUGCAUCUACGACUUGUGAAACUGUCACGGUUUCAAUGAUUUCUCUGGAGGAGAGUUUGGAGCGAUUUUGGCAGAUGGAAGAGCUAACAUCCUCGGACAACUAUUCUGUCGAAGAACGCCGAUGCGAAACACUGUACGAGUCUACGGUUUCUCGAAACUCCGAAGGCCGCUAUAUCGUUCAAUAUCCCCGUAAACCAGAUUUCGACGAGAUGAUCGGCGAUUCUAAAGAAAACGCUCGUCGACGAUUCGAAUACCUGGAGAGACGACUGGAACGAAAUCCGCAGUUGAAGCACGAAUAUCACCAGUUCAUGAGAGAGUAUCUCUCCCUCGGCCACAUGCGUCUGGUCGAAGAGGACGACGAGCAAAACUCCUCAACCUAUUACCUGCCCCACCAUCCCGUGAUUAAAGAGGCAAGUACGACGACAAAGGUCCGUGUCGUGUUCGAUGGUUCUGCAAAGACCUCUACUGGCUUCUCCCUCAACGAAGCUCUUUGCGUUGGACCCGUGGUGCAGGACGAUCUGCUUAACAUCAUUCUGCGGUUUCGAACCUUUCCGGUCGCUCUCGUCGGCGACAUUGCCAAAAUGUACAGGCAGAAAGGUGGAUUCGAGCUUCGGAAAUGGACAUCGAAUCGGCUUGAAGUUCUGCAAGGCCUCAAUGACGACCAAGUCGGCACGCAAUCAUCACUCCAGUUCGCUCCCCACGAAACCAUCAAGGCGCUUGGUAUCAGUUGGGAACCUGAAACCGAUUCUCUACGAUUUGAUUCCCAAGUGCAAAGCAGCGAGGAACCUCCGACAAAACGUUCGAUUCUUUCCGGCAUUGCCAAGCUAUUUGACCCUCUCGGUCUCAUUGCACCAGUUGUGGUUCGAGCAAAAAUACUAAUGCAAGAGCUAUGGCUAUUGUCCUGUGGUUGGGAUGACCCUGUACCGGAGCCCGUGAAGUCAAACUGGGAGAUCUACCACCAAGACCUGUCAAAAAUCUCCGAACACCGAGUGGACCGUUAUGCCUUCCUCCCAAAUUCGAUCAUACAACUCCACACAUUCGCGGAUGCAUCCCAGGCCGCGUAUGGUGCCUGCACGUACGCCCGAUGCGAAGAUGAACAUGGAAAAGUGCGUAUCCAGCUCCUAGCAUCGAAAUCCCGAGUUGCCCCACUAAAACGACUAACCAUUGCUCGUUUGGAACUAUGUGCAGCCGUUGUAGCAGCUCAUUUGCACGACCGCAUCAAGAAGGCCAUCGACGUAAACAUUUCGACUUCCUAUUUCUGGUCGGAUUCAGCAGUAACACUACAAUGGCUGCGGUCACCUCCGAAUACCUGGCCGACAUUUGUGGCCAAUCGAGUGUCGGAAAUUCAGCAGUACACGCACGGAUGCCAAUGGAAACACGUUCGAGGAGUCGAUAAUCCAGCCGAUUUGGUCUCGCGCGGUAUGUCUGUGGAAGAAUUUCUCAAGAGUGAGUUGUGGAGUCAAGGUCCCGGAUGGUUGGCCAGCUCACCACAAGACUGGCCUUUGUCAAUCCCCCCAGGAGUAGCAGAAGAAGAGUUGGAGAUUAAAUCAACAGUUGCAAUUGUCCAAGCAUCAUUCGUCCACCCGUUAUUUCUCCGCUGGUCCUCUUAUAGCCGCCUGCUUCACGUCGUCGGAUACAUAGUUCGUUUCAUCACCAACACCCGCUCCAAAAUCCGUACAAUGUCAUCCCGAGAAAGGUCUUGCAACGGUACGCCACUCACAAUUGCCGAAAUCGCCAAAGCCAAGACCAUUCUGAUCCGAUUAGCCCAGGAAGAUGGAUACGCAGACGAGAUUAAGGAGCUGAGGAAAGGAAAAACUGUUCGCAAGCAAUCACACAUUCGCCGGAUGAAUCCAUUUUUUGACCCAGAGGGAGUGUUGAGAGUAGGAGGUAGACUGAAUCUGGCCCUACUACCUUAUCAAGCAAAGCACCCCGCCUUACUGCCUACCAAGCACCCGCUCACACGCCUGAUUUUCGAGCAUUUUCAUCGGAAGUUGCUUCACGGCGGCGGGCGUCAACUCCUAACAACGGUUCGUGAAGAGUUCUGGCCCCCGCGGGGUCGAAGACUGGCGCAAAAUGUUGUCAGAAACUGUUUCCGUUGUUCUCGCCUAAAUCCAACACCAGCAGUUCAACAAAUCGGGCAACUACCAGCCCAGCGAGUCAUUCCAAGCCGACCCUUCAACGUCACUGGAGUUGAUUACGCUGGCCCGCUUUACCUUCGUCCCAUUCACAAACGUGCGUUACCAGCCAAAGCUUACUUGUGUCUGUUUGUCUGUUUUUCGACCAAAGCAGUACAUCUGGAGUUGGUCAGUGAUCUGUCUACUCAGGGCUUCCUGUGUUCACUACGUCGAUUCAUCUCUCGACGCGGACGUCCUAGCCAUCUCCAUUCAGACAAUGGCAAAAAUUUCGAGGGGGCAAAGAACGAAUUAACCGAACUAUUUCACAGAUUCAACGACCGAUCCCAGCAAGACAGCAUUGCAUCAGCAUGCGCCGACGAAGGAAUCACUUGGCACCUUACGCCACCCAAAGCUCCUCAUUUCGGAGGACUUUGGGAAGCUGCUGUCAAAGUAGCAAAGCGACACCUCUUCCGACAGCUUGGGUCAACACGAUUAUCGUUUGAGGACAUGUGCACGAUUCUUACUCAGAUCGAAGCCGUCAUGAACUCUCGCCCUUUGUUACCGAUGACUGAGGACCCAAACGACCUGGCAGCAUUAACACCGGCACAUUUCCUAAUUGGAUCGUCGCUCCAAGCCCUGCCCGGCCCAGACCUGCACAACAUUCCAACGACCAGACUCGAGCAUUACCAGCAACUGCAGCAACACGUCCAGCAAUUUUGGAUCCACUGGAGGAGAGAGUAUCUUCAGGAGCUCCAACAUGACACUCGUGGUUGGGAGCGCAACGACGAAAUUAUCCCCGGCCGGAUGGUCAUUCUUGUCGAUGAGAUGCAACCUACUUUGCGUUGGCCACUUGCCCGCAUCGAAUCGAUUAUCCCUGGGAAAGAUCAUCUAACUCGAGUUGUUGUGCUGCGCACUGCCCGUGGUACAAUCACUCGGCCAAUCACCAAAAUAUGCCUGCUUCCGAACGCCACCAGCCAGAGUAGUGAAAAUCCACCAGCAUCCACAAGCGGUACUUCCAAGGAUCAGCCGUCAGCGAAAUCAGCUUAA